AUGCCUCUUCCCUUACCAAAGCUGCUGAAUUUCUCCAGAGAGCUGGAGACUUGGCUACUACUCCAAGUUUUCAUGACAAUUGGAGAAUCAAAAAGGGUGCAAGACUCUAAGAUUGAUGUCACCAUUGGUCCAUAUGAGACAUAUGAAGAUUCACUCUUUGGCUACAAGGAGCUGCAAGAGUUCCAUGCAAUUAUGGAAGAAGCCAAGGUUGAAGAGGCCGUCGAGAGCCCGAGCAGGGAGAUUUUGACGAUUCAAGUCAUAGGUGAUAAACAGGAUGCAGUUGCUCUUCUGCAGAAAUAUGGUCAGAUAACUAAACCAUUGCAGCUUGGGUUGGACAAAUUAGAGAAAAUUCAGUUAUCUGUGGAUAUAACAUUCUCGUUCCCCAUAGCCGACGAAAUCCUGAAGAACUAG